AGCACCUUUGUGAGGGGCGGGGCCAGGUUGCUAUGACUAGGCGCGUGACCAUGACGCUGCUGGUCUGAGGAGGCCAUAGAGACUCAGAACUUUUGCGUAGAUCCCGGAAGUGAGUUGCUACUGCGGCUGAACAGUGUGUGGCACUCUGAGUGAGCCACUGAGUAAGGGAAGAAAGUAAGUAGAGGGGGGGUGGGAGGAAAAGGCGAACGACUCUUAGCGGGGCGAGGAAGAUGGCGUCGUUCAUCACUGUGCAGCUGAAGAAGGCCUCAGAGGUGGACUUGGCGAAGCCUCUGUGCAAGUUCAUCCAGCAGACGUACCCGGGUGGGGAGUCUCAGGCCGAGCACUGCCGCGCCGCCGAGGAGCUCAACAAGCUGCGGAAGAGCGCGCUGGGACGCUCGCUGGACAAACACGAGAGCUCGCUGGAGACCCUCCUAAGAUACUAUGAUCAGCUAUGUUCCAUAGAGCCAAAAUUUCCAUUUUCUGAAAAUCAGAUCUGUGUAACCUUUACCUGGAAAGAUGCUUUUGAUAAAGGGUCACUCUUUGGGGGAUCUGUCAAACUUGCUCUAGCAAGUUUGGGCUAUGAGAAGACUUGUGUGUUGUUCAAUUGUGGAGCAUUGGCUAGCCAGAUAGCAUCUGAACAGAAUCUUGACAGUGAUGAAGGACUGAAAGCUGCUGCUAAACAUUAUCAGUUUGCUAGUGGUGCCUUCCAGCAUAUUAAAGAUACCGUCCUCUCCUCAUUAAACCGAGAACCUACAGUUGACAUCUCCCCAGAUACAGUUGGCACACUAAGCCUUAUCAUGCUGGCUCAGGCUCAAGAAGUCUUUUUUCUAAAAGCUACCAGGGAUAAAAUGAAAGAUGCCAUCAUAGCAAAACUUGCUAAUCAAGCUGCUGAUUAUUACAGUGAUGCUUUCAAACAGUGUCAGUACAAGGAUAGCUUACCCAAGGAGGUGUUUCCUGUUCUGGCUGCUAAACACUGCAUAAUGCAGGCCAAUGCAGAAUACCAUCGGUCGAUAUUGGCAAAGCAACAGAAGAAAUUUGGUGAAGAGAUUGCAAGAUUGCAACAUGCUGCCGAUCUAGUAAAAACAGUGGCAUCUCGCUAUGAUGAAUAUAUAAAUGUAAAAGACUUGUCUGAUAAAAUCAGCCGUGCACUUACAGCUGCUAAGAAGGACAAUGACUUCAUCUAUCAUGACAGAAUUCCUGAUCUUAAAGAUCUAGAACCUAUUGGAAAAGCCAGUCUUGUGAAAGCUACUCCAGUUGCUGUCCCUCUGAGUCAGAAAUUUACUGAUUUGUUUGAGAAGAUGGUUCCUCUGGCAGUGCAGCAAGCUCUUACCCUCUACAACCAAAGAAAGGCAGACUUGGUUAACAGAUCUAUAGCCCAGAUGAGAGAGGCCAAUAAUCUAGCAAAUGGAGUGCUCGCUUCCCUCAAUCUCCCUGCUGCUAUUGAGGAUGUGUCUGGGGAUAGUGUUCCUCAGUCCAUUUUGCAGAAGUCAAAGUCUGUGAUUGAACAGGGAGGUGUCCAAACAAUUGAUCAAUUGAUGAAAGAUCUUCCUGAACUACUACAGAGAAAUAGAGAGAUUCUGGAUGAGUCUCUAAGGAUAUUGGAUGAAGAAGAAGCAACUGAUAAUGAGCUAAAGAACAAGUUCAAGGAACGUUGGCAGAGAACACCAUCAAAUGACCUUUACAAGCCUUUGAGAGCAGAGGGAGCCAAUUACAGAAAUAUCCUUGAUAAAGCUGUGCAAGCUGACAAACAGGUUAAAGAACGUUAUCAGUCUCAUCGUGAUACUAUUUCACUGUUAUGUAAACCGGAACCGGAACUGAAUGCAGCAAUUCCUUCGGCAAAUCCAGCAAAAACUAUGCAGGGGAGUGAGGUGGUUAAUGUCCUAAAAUCCUUGCUAGCUAGUCUGGAAGAAGUGAAAAAGCAGAGAGAGCAAAUGGAGAACGAUCUCAAGUCAGUAAACUUUGACAUGACAACUAAAUUCCUCACAGCCCUUGCACAAGAUGGUGCACUAAAUGAAGAAGCCGUUUCUGUCACUGAAUUGGAUCGCCUUUAUGGUAGUCUCACCCAUAAAGUACAGGAGAGCCUGAAAAAACAGGAGGAGCUACUCAAUAGCAUUCAGAAUUCACAUCAGGAAUUUUCCAAGAUGAAGCAAUCAAAUAAUGAAUCCAAUUUAAGAGAAGAAGUUCUAAAGAACUUAGCUGUUGCUAAUGACAAUUUUGUGGAACUUGUAGCCAACCUCAGAGAAGGCACAAAGUUUUACAAUGAAUUGACUGAAAUCCUUGUGAAGUUCCAAAAUAAAUGCAGUGACAUUGUGUUUGCACGCAAAACAGAGCGAGAUGAACUUCUGAAAGAUCUGCAGCAAAGUAUUGCUAGAGAGCCCAGUGCUCCUUCUUUUCCUUCUGUGCCGGCAUACCAAACGGGACCUGCUGCAGGAAACAAGCCUCCUGCAUCAUCCGCGCCAACUCCAGCUCCCAGAACCGUUGUGUCUAGUAAACCACAGCCACCAGCACGCCCUCCCCCACCAGUGAUUUCUACAGCAAAUUCACUCGCUACUCCUGUACAAGCGGCCGCUGGGACAGCAACUUCUCCAGCUGCCUCUGCAGCUAGCACAGUACCUUCACAGGCUCAGGGGCCACCUUAUCCAACAUAUCCAGGAUAUCCAGGAUACUGCCAGAUGCCUUUGCCAAUGGGCUACAAUCCUUAUAUGUAUGGCCAGUUCAAUCCGCCAUACACACCUUCACCUAUGUACCAAAAUCCCGGACAAGGCCCAUACCCGGGACCUCAGCAGCCUGGAUAUCCUUACCCACAACAGCCUGGAUAUCCUUAUCCACAGCAAUAGCAUAUCUACAAAGAAACACUGCUUGUUAGAGAAAUUUGCAAUAAGCAUACUAAAUCCUUAGUUUCAGUUAGUGUACCUCGCUGUAACAAAAUGGUCUGUAACUUUUAUUGGGUUAAAUUCUCAAAAGUUCUGUGCUCCCAGUUGGAUUCUGACUAUAUUAAACCUCUUGAAGGUUCAGCAGGCUGCUUCAAUAUUACAUGGACAGAAUUAGAUUGCAAGUUUAACUGUGUGUCAUCUACACGUAAAUCAGAAUUAUUAUUUACAAAAAGACAUUGCCUGUAAAUAAUAAUUGGAGUUAUUAAGAUGAAAAACAGUGGUACAAGCACUGGGGUUGAUUUAGUCUACUAGACUAAAUAGGGUCUCCUUCUAUAUUUUGUUUGUAUUUUGGGUAUGAGUUUAGCUACCAGUGUGUUGUUUUGUUUAAUCAAGGCACUGUAAAUCAUAAGAGCAAAAUAAAUUGCAUAGGAACUGUUUAAAAAUGUUUAACUCCAGAUAUUUCUUAAUACCCUAUAACUAGUGUUGUAUGUUUCUGAAGUGUGGGUGCACUCCUUGGGAUUGGUUUUUGAAGCAGAGGUUUCUGCUAAACAGUCAAGGUUGAGGAUUGGUUGUAUUUAACUUCUUGUAAUAUAAAAACAAUUCCAUAAAUCAAGAUGAUGUUAUCCGAGAAUGAGAGAAAAUAAAUCUGCAUAUUUUUAUUGAAUCUUUCAAAAGACUAGCUUUCAAGUUGUAAGACGUUCAUCAGUGACAAAUUACAAUACAAGUUGCUAAAUUGCUAUGUAUGACUGGCUGGCAAGUAAAAUGCUUGACAUUUAUUUUGAUAA